AUGCGCUUCAACAACAUCCUUCUUGCCGGCGCCUUCGCCGUUGCCUACGCCCAGGAGACCACCGUCACCACCGUCCCCGGUGUGGCCACUCCCACUGGCGUUGAUGCCGCUGCCUCUUCGGCCGCUGCCGCCAUCAACAAGUGCCUCAAGGAGUGCGACGCCACCGACUCGACCUGCCAGGCUCGCUGCGUCUCCGUCCCUGCCCCCAGCGACGCCCAGGCCAUCGCCCUCGACAAGUGCGUCGGUGACUGCGACCAGGGUGACGGUUCCGAGGCCGAGACCAACGCCUUCGCCCAGUGCCGUGACCAGUGCAUCAAGGAGCACUACUUCGACGCCGACUCCCCCAACGGUGCCCCUGCCGACAGCGGCAACGCCGCUGCCACGCAGACCUCUGGCGCUGCUGCCGGUACCCAGACCGGUACCACCACUGGCACCGCUGCCACCGGCUCCUCUACCGGCUCCGCCACUGACUCUGACAACGCCUCCGGCACCGCUGGUUCUGAUGCCUCCGAGACCACUGGCGCUGACUCCGGCGCCAGCCUCCUCGUCAGCUCUUCUCUGGGCUUCUUCGGCCUCGUCGCUGCUUUCUUCCUGUAA